AUGUGCGACCGCAACAGCGGGCGGCGACUCCGGCAGUGGCUGAUCGAGCAGAUCGACAGCGAGAUGUACCCUGGGCUCAUCUGGGAGAACGAGGAGAAAACCAUGUUCCGCAUCCCCUGGAAACACGCUGGGAAGCAGGACUACAACCAGGAGGUGGAUGCCUCUAUUUUCAAGGCCUGGGCUGUUUUCAAAGGCAAGUUCAAAGAAGGUGACAAAGCGGAGCCGGCCACGUGGAAGACACGACUGCGCUGUGCCUUGAACAAGAGCCCUGACUUUGAGGAGGUGACAGACAGGUCCCAGCUGGACAUCUCCGAGCCCUACAAGGUCUACAGGAUUGUGCCGGAGGAGGAACAGAAAUGCAAAGCGGGCAUUGCCAAUGGGAGCAGCCUGAAUGACGUCACAGAGAUGGACUGCAGUUCCUCUGCGAUCGAUGAGCUCAUUAAAGAGCCCCCCAGCGUAGAUGAAUAUCUGGGCAUCAUCAAGAGAAGCCCCUCGCCCCCCCAGGAGACCUGCAGGAACCCCCCGAUACCCGACUGGUGGGUGCAGCAGCCCAGCCCUGCGUUGCCCCUGAUGAACGGAUACUCCGGCUACGAGCAGCAUCAUUCAGGUUACUCCCAGAUGGUGAUCAACUUCUUCUACAGCGGGAGGCUGGUGGGCCACAUCACCACCUCGUGCACCGAGGGCUGCCGGAUCUCGCUCAGCCAGCCCUCCAGCCAUGGUGAGAAGCUGUAUGCCCCAGAUGCCCUGGAGCAUGUGCGGUUCCCUUCGGCUGACACCAUCCAGAACGACCGCCAGAAGCAGAUCACCAGGAAGCUCUUUGGGCACCUGGAGAGGGGUGUCCUGCUGCACAGCAACAAGCAAGGCAUCUUCAUCAAGAGGCUGUGCCAGGGCAGGGUCUUCUGGAGUGGGAACACCAUGGUCUACAAGGACAGGCCCAACAAACUGGACCGGGAUGAGGUGGUGAAGAUAUUUGACACCAGCUUGUUCUUCAGAGAGCUCCAGCAGUUUUACAACAACCAGGGCCGCUUCCCGGACAGCAGAGUCAUACUGUGCUUUGGAGAGGAGUUCCCAGACACGGUGCCCCUGCGGUAUAAGCUCAUCCUUGUCCAGGUGGAGCAGCUGUGUGUCAGGCAGGUGGUGGAGGAGGCUGGGAAGACCUGCAGCAGCAGCCCCAUGCUCCCCAUAGCUGAUGAGACACAGCAUGACCAGGUGUACAGGAUCUUUCAGGACAUCUGUGGGAUGCACCAGCGGCCACUCUUCAGAGAAAACCAACAGAUUGCUGUCUGA